CUCUUCUAAAAGGUCACCGUCGCCGGCGCGGAAAGUGUGUGUUGUGAAAUUUUGUGUGCAGGAAUGCGGAGGUUUCCCCAGUUUUAUCAACUUUCUGAACCUCUUUGAACCAGGAACCAGCGAUCGACCAAAGGAAGGAGGAUAUCUUACUUGCCAGAAGGCGACGAUUGAGUUGCUGAUCGUCCCUGUACGGCGAAAAGCCGUUUGUGAGUGAAGAUGCCUCGUGCGUUGAUGCGAGCAGACACGAUCAGCGCCGAUCCAGAGGAAGACUUUGACGUGCUAGACUUCCCUGAUCAUGAUGUGGACUCACCGCUGCCGACCCCCGACCCAACAUCAAUACAUGUACCUACUGAAGUGAGGAGGAAGAAACAAGAAGAUACGAGUCCCUUCAGGGUACCAUUCUCCAGUAUCCACAAAGAGCCGGUUCCCUUCAACCACCCCAAACGUGCGGGGUUCAUCCCAGGGGAACCCAUUGAUGUGAAGAUCAUAGAUGUGGAGAGGAGCUACAGGAGAAAACCUCUCAACCCUAACCUCUACACCAUCAACCUCCAACAUGGGGAGCACAACUGGACCAUCAAGCGCAGAUAUAAGCACUUCAUACAGCUUCACGAGGCCAUCUUGCUGUUCAAGGCAUCACUGCAUGUCCCUGUACCAACAGCAAGACAAAGGGAGAAAAGAAAAAGUGUCAAGGGGCAGCCAAGGAAACUCCCGAAACUCCCCAAAACUCCGGAUGCCCUCAUCACUGGAGCUCGCCUCAACAGGAGGAUGGAACAACUUGAAAUCUAUCUUCAGAGAUUGGUCAACAUUAGGACAUUCAGGAACUUGGAGCCUACUCUGAAGUUUCUUGAAGUCAGCCAUUUGUCAUUUGUGAAGAAUCUUGGCAGUAAGGGAAAGGAGGGAGUGAUCAAGAAGUACCCAGGAGGCCACAAAACCUUCCACGGCUGUUGUAACCCGUGUGGCUUCUCCUUCGCCAUGCUGGGCAGUCGCAACAAGAGGACGGCCCGUAAGCUGGAAGAGUGGAAGCGUGGGAUAGAGCUGACGGUGAAGCGCUACGGGAGGGACUUCACCCGCUGGAACAGGUUCAACUCAUUUGCACCAGUCAGGACGGACACACAGGCACAAUGGUUUGUGGAUGCAGCCUCGUACAUGGCUGCUGUAGCUGAAGGCUUGGAGGCUGCAAAGGAGGAAAUCUUCAUCGCUGACUGGUGGUUCAGUCCAGAGAUCUACCUCAUUCGUCCUGUAGCCGCUGAAGGGGAAAAAUGGAGGCUGGACCAAGUCCUGAAGAGAAAAGCGGAGGAGGGUGUGAAUGUGUUUGUGCUGAUGUACAAGGAGGUGGAGCUGGCCCUCGGCCUGAACAGCCUCUACAGCAAGACAACUCUGCUCAACCUGCAUCCCAAUGUCAAGGUCCUUCGUCACCCAGACCAUAUGCCAGGUGGCAUCUUCUUAUGGGCCCAUCAUGAGAAAGUGGUGGUGGUGGACCAGUCCAUUGCAUUCCUAGGGGGUAUUGACCUCUGCUACGGACGAUGGGAUGAUUAUCUGCACAGGUUGGAUGAUCUAGGAUCAGCAAGACUCGAGCAACAGUCAAAGAACACAUCUUUGUCACAGAAACAAACUGACAGCGGUGAACAAAAUGGCAGCUUAGCAACCCAGACCCCUGAGAACCAAACCAGGAAACCCCACAUCUCCUUCAUCGACAGUGAAGAAGGCCCUGAAAACCCCCAGAUCAACCUCAUCACCCCAAAUGGUGGAACAGGCGACCUUCAAAUGGACCGCUCUGCCGAAAACGUUGGUUUCUGUAAUGAAGAUGAUGUCAAGGUCAAACUUCUCACAGAAUCUCCGGAGAACAACAAUGACAGGUCAUUGAAUAAUGAAGAAGUCAACGGAAAUGAAACAGUAAAUGAAAACACACAAGAAAAUGACAAAGCUGAUGGAACAACACAGGAAGACGAAAGCACAAGAGAAGCAGACAACACACCAAGUCCUCCUGCAGGCCAAAAUGCCAGGAAUGUAGAAAACGCAAGUACCAAGAGGAAGAAGCAUGUGGGGAUUUUGAAACUGCCGUCUGUUGAUCAACCAUCGCCACAGGAGUCUCUUCCCGUCAGGCUUCAGCACACAAACAGCUACAGUGCUGGUAUGAACAAGCUUCCAGGUAUGGAGGGUGAGGCCAAGUUGUGGGUAGGGAAGGACUAUGUCAACUUCAUCGCUAAGGACUUUGUUGAGUUGGAGAAACCCUUUUCUGAUUUCAUUGAUCGCACAACCGUUCCACGCAUGCCAUGGCACGACAUUGGAGCAAUGGUUUAUGGGAAGGCGGCCAGGGACGUGGGCAGGCACUUCAUACAGAGGUGGAACGCUGCAAAGGUUGAGAAGGCUAAGACCAACCCCACCUAUCCCAUGCUGCUGCCCAGGUCAUACGAAGAGUUCUACAUGCCGAGGGUGGUCCAUAACACCACUCGCUGUGACGCCCAGAUCUUGCGCUCAUCCAGUAAGUGGUCAGCAGGAAUCUCUGUAACAGAGAAGUCCAUCUAUGAGGCUUACCUGUGGUCCAUCCAGCAGGCACAGCACUACAUCUACAUAGAGAACCAGUUCUUCAUCAGCUGUCUGCAGGACAACCCUUACGUACACAACGAGAUCGUCAAGGCACUCUUCGACAAAAUUGUGGAGUGUGAGAAGAAGGGAAAGAACUUCCGUGUGUACGUUGUGCUUCCCCUGCUGCCAGGAUUCCCAGGAGAGAUCGGCACGGCGACAGGGCUGGCCAUCCAGGCUGUGUUCCACUGGAACUUCACCACCAUGUGUAAAGGGGAGAACUCACUUCUCAGCAGACUCUCAAAGGAGGUCAGAGACCCGUACUCCUAUGUGUCGUUCUGCGGCUUGCGUACGCACACCGAGCUGAAUGGGACCCCCGUUAGUGAGAUGAUUUACGUUCACUCCAAGAUGAUGAUCGUCGACGACAGAAUCUCGAUCAUCGGAUCCGCCAAUAUCAACGACCGCAGCAUGAUCGGCGAGAAGGACAGCGAAAUGGCGGUCAUCGUCAUAGAUACGCAGACGAAGCCGUCCCGUAUGGACGGGGAGGAGUACCAGGCUGGGGUGUUUUCUUCUGAGCUCAGGAAGAGGUGCUUCAGAGAGCACCUAGGGCUGAUGGAUGGGGACCAGGGCAUCGACCUUGAUGACAUCGUCUCUGCUGAGUUUUUCAAGGACGUCUGGGUGAAAAGAGCUGCCGUCAACACCAAGAUAUACGAUGAUGUCUUCCACUGCAUUCCCACCGACCGCGCCACAACAUUCCAGUCUCUGAACCGGUACAAGCAGACGGACGGUCUGGUCGUCACGGAUACGGCGGAGGCACGGCGGGAGCUGAAGCGCGUCCAAGGCAACCUGGUCCUGCAGCCACUCAUGUUCCUGAACCAGGAGGAACUGUCGCCAGCAUUGCUCAGUAAGGAGGGUAUGGCACCUACUGAGCUGUGGACUUAGAUGGGAGUUAUACUGUACAGGAGUCCCCCUCAGUCACACAGUCAACACAAACUAGAACCAGGAGGAACUGUCUUUGGCAUUACUCAGUAAGGAGGGUAUGGCUCCUACUGAGCUGUGGACUUAGAUAGGAGUUAUACUGUACAGGAGUCCCCCUCAGUCACACAGUCAACACAAACUAGAACCAGGAGGAACUGUUCCCAGCAUUACUCAGUAAGGAGGGCAUGGCUCCUACUGAGCUGUGGACUUAAGUAGGAGUUAAACUGUACAGGAGUCCCCCUCAGUCACACAGUCAACACAAACUAGAACCAGGAGGAACUGUCCCCGGUAUUACUCAGUAAGGAGGGUAUGGCUCCUACUGAGCUGUGGACUUAGAUAGGAGUCCCCCUCAGUCACACAGUCAACACAUACUAGAACCAGGAGGAACUGUCUUUGGCAUUACUCAGUAAGGAGGGUAUGGCUCCUACUGAGCUGUGGACUU